GACCCGGCCGCGGCCCCGCAGCCCCGCCGCCCCGCCAUGUUCAACGUGGAGAGCCUGGAGCGCGCCGAGCUCGGCGAGAGCCUGCUCACCUGGAUCCAAACAUUUAAUGUUGAGGCACCAUGCCAGACGGUGGAAGACUUAACAAGUGGGGUUGUGAUGGCCCAGGUUCUUCAAAAAAUAGAUCCAGUUUACUUUGAUGAAAAUUGGCUGAACAGAAUCAAAACUGAAGUAGGAGAUAAUUGGAGGCUGAAGUUCAAGGUUCCUCACAAUAUUCUCAUCGGUAAACUGGACUUAAAUUCUGCAACAUGACCCUUGCGUGGCUCUUUCUGCAGCAGACUCAGGUAAGCAACCUGAAGAAAAUUUUAAAAGGAAUACUGGAUUACAACCAUGAGAUUCUAGGGCAACAGAUAAAUGACUUCACCCUUCCUGAUGUUAACUUGAUUGGAGAGCAUGCUGAUGCGGCAGAGCUUGGGAGAAUGCUUCAGCUUAUUUUGGGAUGUGCUGUGAAUUGUGAACAGAAGCAAGAAUACAUCCAGACCAUAAUGAUGAUGGAAGAAUCAGUUCAACAUGUUGUCAUGACAGCCAUUCAGGAGUUGAUGAGUAAAGAGUCUCCAGUCUCUGUUGGAAAUGAUGCUUACGUUGACCUUGAUCGGCAGCUGAAGAAAACUACAGAAGAAUUAAAUGAAGCCCUCGCAACAAAAGAAGAAAUUGCCCAGAGAUGCCAUGAGUUAGAUAUGCAGGUUGCAGCCCUCCAAGAGGAGAAGAGCAGCCUGCUUGCUGAGAACCAGAUUCUGAUGGAACGUUUAAAUCAAUCUGAUUCUAUUGAAGAUCCCAACAGUCCUGCAGGUCGUAGACACCUGCAGCUGCAGACACAGCUAGAACAGCUCCAAGAGGAAACAUUCAGAUUAGAAGCUGCUAAAGAUGACUAUCGAAUACGCUGUGAAGAACUAGAAAAGGAAAUUGCGGAAUUGAGACAACAAACAGAAGAGCUUACUACACUGGCAGAGGAGGCUCAGUCUUUGAAAGAUGAGAUAGAUGUACUCCGGCAUUCUUCUGAUAAAGUAGCCAAGUUAGAAAGCCAGGUAGAGUCAUACAAAAAGAAAUUGGAGGACCUGGGUGAUUUGCGGCGUCAAGUGAAGCUUUUAGAAGAGAAGAAUACAAUGUACAUGCAAAAUACCGUGAGCCUGGAGGAAGAGCUAAGGAAGGCCAAUGCAGCACGCAGUCAGCUGGAAACAUACAAGAGACAGGCAGUUGAACUACAAAACAGGUUAUCUGAAGAAUCCAAGAAAGCUGAUAAAUUAGAUUAUGAAUGCAAACGACUGAAAGAAAAAGUAGACAGCCUCCAAAAAGAAAAAGAUAGAUUAAGAACAGAAAGGGAUUCUUUGAAAGAAACUAUUGAAGAACUUAGAUGUGUACAAGCUCAGGAGGGUCAACUCACUACUACAGGACUGAUGCCUCUGGGAAGACAAGAGCCUUCAGACAGUUUAGCAGCAGAAAUCAUUACUCCUGAAAUAAAGGAGAAACUCAUCCGCCUUCAGCAUGAGAACAAGAUGUUAAAAUUGAACCAAGAAGGUUCUGACAAUGAGAAGAUUGCCUUGUUGCAGAGCCUUCUUGAUGAUGCAAACUUACGGAAGAAUGAACUGGAGACAGAAAACAGAUUGGUAAAUCAGAGACUUCUGGAAGUACAGUCCCAGGUUGAAGAGCUACAAAAAUCUUUGCAGGAUCAAGGUUCAAAAGCUGAAGAUUCAGUUCUUCUGAAAAAGAAACUUGAAGAACAUCUUGAGAAGCUCCAUGAAGCUAACAAUGAGCUACAGAAGAAACGAGCUAUUAUUGAAGAUUUGGAACCAAUAUGCAACAACAGUUCACUUAAAAUUGAGGAAUUACAAGAAGCACUACGGAAAAAGGAGGAGGAAAUGAAGCAAAUGGAAGAACGAUACAAAAAGUACUUGGAAAAGGCCAAAAGUGUCAUCCGCACAUUAGAUCCUAAACAGAACCAGGGUGCUGCUCCUGAGAUUCAGGCACUGAAAAACCAGUUGCAGGAGCGAGACAGAAAGUUUCAUUCCCUGGAGAAAGAAUAUGAGAAAACAAAAAGUCAAAGAGAAAUGGAGGAGAAAUUUAUCGUUAGUGCCUGGUACAACAUGGGGAUGACUCUGCAUAAAAAAGCAGCAGAAGACAGACUGGCUAGUACAGGCUCAGGACAGUCCUUCCUGGCUAGACAAAGGCAAGCCACGAGCACAAGGAGAUCUUAUCCUGGUCAUGUCCAGCCAGCAACAGCAAGGUAGAGAAGCCUUGGCCUUAGAAAGAAAACUGCCCUGUGAUCCAGGCCACUUCUAUUGCAAGUGACAACAUUCAAGGAAAAUAAACCAGCAUCCUUUCUCUUUCUCCCUUGUUACUGCUAUUAUUUUACAGUUCAGGAAAAGGUUUUAUUAUGUCUUCUUAUUGCUCUGUAAUGCCCUUUGCUUAUAUUUUUUGGAGUUCAUUUCUCUCUGCAUUUUCUGAAUGUGCCAAAACUUUGAAAAUAUCUAGGAGAGUGCUGUAUAAUAACAGUCUUAUUUAUAUGAAGCCUGGUCUGUUACAAAAAACCUCAUGUGGAUCAUGUGACAGUGGAGAUAUCCUGUCACAGUUGGUACUUUGGUGCCUGUAAGGCUUUAUGCUUUAUAAGACUGUUUCUGUUCAAAGGGAAUUAGCUUUUCAUCUCCUGUUGAUUCAGAAAAAUGCUGAAAUCUCAUUACAGAAAUGCAAAGUUGGAUUAUAAUAUUAUUGUGAAAUAUAUUUCAUACUAAAAAAAUCACCAAUGCAAAAAGAAAGAUUGGGGUUUUUUUUUAAUCUCCUAAGUGCAAAGUUUGCUCUUAUUCUUGGCAUUUAGGGAAGCAGGAUGAUAUUUUUCCAGGUUUUUCUUUAUCAACUGGUUUUACCUCUUUUGCUGGUAGAAAUUAAUAUUUUCAAAUGGUUUAUUCCACUCUUCUUUGUCAAGUGUAUGCCUAAAUACAUAUUCUAAAAAGUUGGAGAAGUAUUUAGCAUGUGCUAACCUGCUACUCUAUCAUCCAUUUAAAAAGGACAUUUGUUCUAAAAUUUUAUGAUUGUGGAUGAACAAUACGUAAUGGAUCAAGGCCCCAGUUAAUAUUGUUAAUGUAUUCCAGUGGUCAUCCCUACUACAAGACUUGCUUUUGCUAUAUUGAUUCAGGGUAUAAUUUUAUCUGUUGCCUUACUAAUGGUAUCAGUGCCUUCAGGUGAGUUUAUUGCUGACUUUGUUGGAAACAGGCUGUGAUUUGUUGUACUGCCUUUUUAGUAUAUAGCUGAUUAAUAGUUGUAACACCUUCUUGUUGAUCAGUGGAUGGAGGCUUCUCUUAUUUAGGUUCUGUUCUUACAAAAUUGUGCUUUUUCCCUGACUAGUUCUAUGCAUUCCCUGUCAUUUUUGUCAAAGAGUUGAUGGACACGGAGAACCUGAGUAUUGGCUGGAAGUUUCAUAUUCAUGCGUCUUAUUGUGAUUCAGUUUCAAAUUUAGAGGCUGGCUUUAAAUUUAGGUUUUUAUUUAGAGGGUGUUUGGACUCUAAUGCACAUGUAGUUGGUUUAUAAAUUCAUUCUUUCACCUGAUUUUAAUGCCCUUUUAAGUGGAGAUGUUUAUUUUUCCAUAAAUCCCUUUAGAGAAAAGAUACUAGCAUUUAUCAGUCAUCUGAAUGUCUGUUUCAAUUCACAACUUGAGUAGAAUGAGCAGUGGAUAAUUAAAACAGGCACACCUAGAUUAAAGGGUAAUGAACAGGUGAAUGACAUUUUUAGGUACUGUUGUUCUAUCCUCAAGUGCAUCAUCUGUUUUAAUCCAGGCUAAGAAAUGCUUUCAGUUACGUGUCUGAAAAAUAUUUUCAGCUGCAGUUACACCACCACCCCACACCCCCAAGACCCCCACUUCCCAGAGAACAGAUACUGAAUUCUACAUAUAGUUUUGUCUUUUAAUCCUCACAUUAGGGAAAAAACGUUUUUUUAAAAAUUUUCUGCACUUAUGCAGUGUAUUACUGAUUCGGGCUGUGCUUGCAAAAAUUAGAUGAGAUAUUUCAAGUUUCUUAUGUGCAGAAAGAUAACAAUGCAGAGGAAGUUGUGGAUAAUUUCUGUAGUUCAGUAAGGUGAUAUACUCAAUCUGUUGUCUCUCACUGAGAUACAAAAUGCUCUGUAUACAAAAGGCUAUCUGUAAUUAUCUAGACAAUUACAGUUUGUCUGGGAUAUCUUUUACUUACCUUGUGCAAUGGAUUUUAAUAAUUUGAAGAACUCUUUACCACAUGCUAUGUGUGAACAGGAGCAAGACCAUUCCUCUGAGGGAAUUCGAUGUUCCUAUUUGAGGUUACAGCAUUUUAUAUCACCCAGAGCCUAAGAAUACCGAAAGCUCCAUUUUUAUUUUAAUUUUAAUCUAGCUAACUUUUUCUGUUACUAAACUGCCAAGGGCUAUUUGUGCAAGAAAGGGAUGGAAGCUUAAUGGGAAGUAUUAUCUCUUAAUUUUGUCUAGUAAUUUAAUUACUUCUUGCUCUUAAUUAGGUGCAGUUCUAAAAUAACUUGAACACAAUCAGCAUGCUAGAAUUAAAGUAAUUGCUUUUAUGAUGUUAGUAUUUGUUUUACUGUUUUGCCUCCAAAGUUUUGAUGACAGGCUGAGAGUUAGGAGAUGAACAGAUGCUGGUUGGAAGCUUUGUCUUACGCUUUUACUUUCUUGUCUCUCUCAUAGUUUCUUUUAGUUCUUGGUUGUUGGCUUUUCUGUUCUUUGUGAUUCUGUCUUUCCUUUUUCCAUGAAGAUAAGACACUGAAGUGUUUUCUGUAGUUGUUUUCAAAAACAGAUAGCAUGAUUAUAUAGCAUCAAAGAUCAGCACAAGACUCAUACUGAAUAUGAGUUUUACUCUUGCUUCUUAGGCAAGUGAACAAUCAUUUUAUCUUAGAGAAUUUACAAACUUGCAGAAAUUCUGGUAUUUCCCAGAAUUAAUAUUGAAUAUAAAAACCUAAAAAUGUACUGCACUCUUACAGAUAUAUUCUCAGUUGCUGUCAGAUUCUAGUAAGUUAUUUUUUAUGUCUUCUUUUAGUAAUUAAGAGGAGUCCAAUUCUUUCUUCUUCACUGCUUUACUACUUUAAUUUUCUGCAUACAUCCAUUCUUAAUCUUUGUGUGUGGAUGAAUGCAAGAGCUGAACAUUAAACCUUCUCUUUCACAGCAAUGGCUUCUUUAUUCAGAGGGGUCAGCUUUGUUAUUUCACUUGCUUGUGUAUCUUUGUAAGCAGUGUGUAUUAAGAAAAAGAGGGAGCUCAGACUGUGACUCCAGGGAAAGGAACAAUAAACACAUAUGUAGGGGAGCUACCAGUGUGUGUUCCCUAUUUGUCUUACAUUGAGUAAUAAAAAAAAAUAUAAGCAAAAGCCCCAAUCUAUGGAACAGAAUUCUGUUAGUACAUUAGAUAGUUCAGAGAAUGUAUUUUUGGGAAUACUUUUUUCCCCUGAGGCAAGAAAGACUGUUUACAUCAAAACUGCAGUGGCAAUUACUAAGCCAAUGCUAUAUCCUGUCCAGUUCACUACAGAAAAAAACCUUACAACUGAGCUUAAAGAAAAGAGGUUCUCCAGGUCAGAGAUAAAACAGUUGAGGUGUUCAUGAGAGUACUUGCAGGGCACUGUGCUGAGGAUCUGCCCAGAAUAAUCUUUCUGACAGAUUUUAAUUGAUGCCAAUAAAAGAUAACAGAUAAAUAGAUAAAUAUUUUCAUUGUUUAGAGCUGAAGCUUAGUUUCUGACCUAAAAGGAUGUGUUCAGAUGUGCAGUCCAGUUCACGUACUUCUGUGGAGGGUUGAGUUUUUUAGCAUAUCUGAUCAGACAUUACAGAAAAAAAAAAAAAUUCAAGUUCCCUGUUUUCUUGAUAGCAACACCUAACCAGAUCAUAACAUGCAUUUUCUAAGUGCUUUGAAAACUGAAGUACUCUGAUUUAAAGGUUGUGUGUUCCACCCACAGUGCAAAGGUAAAUACAUGUCCAGAAUAUACAACCUUGUAUAUUGCAAAAUGAAAUAAAUAUGUAAUGGCUACAAGAUGCCUUUCAUUCUGUUUGGAAGAAAUCAAACGGCAAUCUUGUCCUGUUGAAGUGUCACUCGUGUUAGCAGUAAUGCUUCUGCAAGUGUUUUGUGGCUCUUUGUUCUGUAAGGAGCGCUGACAUUUUUAUAUAUGUAUGAAAGAAUUAACAAUGACUAUUCCUAUUACUGCUUUAUUAUGAUCUCAAAUAGUAAGUGGUAUGUGUAAGCUGUCAAGAAAAUUUAAAAGUUUUUUGGCAAUUUUAAAGUCUUUGGUAUUUUGACAUGUGCAAGUAGCUUUUGCUUUUCCUGUCUCUAGUAUAUGAGACUAUACACUUAACAGAUUUUCUUCUUGUUAGUGGCUUGGAGAAAGACUAUGCUGAAUGUGGCUUGCUUUCCUUUUUCCUAUAAAGUAAAGCAGUAUUUCAGUUUUACUUACUGUAUAGAAAUUUUUUUAUUUGUGCCCAACAUAUUGACUUUUUGCAAGGAUUGAUGAGGGAGGUAUUUUUGCACUCAGCUAUGCUAUGCUGAUUUUGCACAUGUGUUUUAGGUAGAAUGUGAACUCUGUGUUUUGCAGUAAGAUAGUGUUGAUAAACUUCAGUAUCUCCUAACCAAAUUUAGCAGGCAUUUUCCUCACCUGGCAUUGCAUAAAUAAACAGCUAAAUGGAUUUAUCAGGCUGUACUUCCAAGUGGUGAGGUUUUUGGAGUGAAUGUCAUAUUCUAGGUAGGAUCCUAGCCAUGCCUCCAGUUUGUCACUCCUAAGGAAUCAAAAAUAUGUCCUGACAUGGCUGAUUGGAUUGCCUUACUUCUGUAACCUUACUCAGCCACUGCAACCUCAGACUUCUUGUAUCUGGUACAGUGAAACCCUGUAAAUUUUGACUGUGAUGCCAGCUCCAUUGUACCAUUUGGUGAUGCUGAGGACUUAGCUAGCUUCGUCCUCUGUUUUUCUUUGAUUAUAUUUUUGUGUAUUCAUUGACAUGUUGGGACAUAAAGUUUAUUUUUAAAAUGCAUUAGCUCACUGAAUUAGGCAAUGAAUGAAUGUUGAUUGGGGGGCUUGUCAAGGAAACUUGACAAAUCAUACCGUCCCAUGGGGCAUUGAAACAGCACCUGACAGUUUAGCCACAGCUUCCCAGACAGAUUGUCCUGAUGUCAGAUUGUAGUCAGUGGAUCAGUAGGAACUUGUGCUGACUGCUGUACUUGAAGUCCUCAUCUGCUGGGGAUGGUCUUGCUGUCAGCUUUUCUGUGGUCCAGAUUCUACCUUCACCUUUGGGCCUUGCCAAGGUAGUGCAGGAGUAUCCUGAAAUGUAUUUCUGCAUCAUUUGGCUCUGGUGGCAAAUCAUGAGUUUGCUCUGCUGCUGUUUGCUGUGCAUGUAAAGUCGUUUGGAAAAUUGCAUAUCCUUCUGUCCCCUUUGCAUAUGGUGUCAUUUCCAGGCUGAAAAUAGAUUGCAUUUGGCAGAUAAAAAAUUUCUUGCAGCUAUGUCUUGCUGCUAUGGGUCUCAGAGAAUGAUUCAUACAACAUGAAAAAUACUCCUAGCAGAGGGAAAUACAGGUCAUUUGGGCAGCCUUUCCUUUCUUGUGCUGAUUUUAUUAAUUGCUUUGCAUUAGAGAGGUCCUUUGUGAUCAGAUGCAGUGAUUUCAGAAAGAGGAACGUGUUUGUUUCAAUUGUUUGUCAGCACUUUGAAGGACUGCUGACUAUUGUAGCAUGGCAUAGAUCUGAAAUACUGCAAAAGCAAGUAUUUCCACAGGUAUAGAGUAGUAUAUUCUGGAAAUGGAAAUUGAAUCCCUAAUGAUUAUACCUAACUUGAAGAGAAGAGAG